AAUGCGGCGCGCGAGUUUUGGGUUUUGCUGCGUGACGGUAACAGUUAGCAAACAAGCUGACUGUUAGUGUUGUAUUGUUCAUCCCUAAGUUUGGCGGACUAUUGUCAACACUUACUUUAAAGUUUUCCCGCAACAUGAGCGUAAACACUCUAGUACUUAGGAAUGAAACGUGUGGUGUGUAUAACUAACUCUAGGUGUUGUUCGAUUGCUGUGGAAUGGAUUCAUGCAUAAAAAACAUGUACGAUGCAUUUAAAGAUGAAAUCUGGAAAGAGCUGGGACCGUUGGACCCAAACUGGUUUGAGUUACUGACAGCCCAAGCUUCUUUGAAUGAAGGAAGUGUUGUCGAUAACGAUGAGUUGUGCGCCAACCAAGAGGGACAUUUCAAGGCUCCUCUGGAGAAGACGGCAACAGAAAGCCAGCUGUUUUCAACCCCUAAAGUUUUCAGACACAGUAGAAUUGUGUCACCAGACACUGAGGGUGAUCCGUCGUUCACAGCUGCACAGGAAAAAGAAACAUUACCAUGGAUGCCAACGCAAAGUCCCUGUUUGUUUCAGGUGCCAAAACAGUGUGUCUCUAAUUUAAAAUGUGAAGGUGUUCAGCCUCAGAGUGAGGAGAGUUUUGAUCUUCUGGAUUCCCCAGAGAAAUCCCCUGCCACCUAUGCCAACUACAUUUCUGAAAGUCUCGGCGCACAGAUCAAUCCUGACAUUUCUUGGACCAGUUCUUUUAAUACACCACCGGCUUUGCCAUCUACUCUAAUUUUAUCUAAAACUGAUGAGAGUCCCUGUCCAGUGAGUGUUAUUGCAGACAGAAAAGUUGUUUUUGUACGGAAGCUUUUCCCUUCACUUUCGAAUUCCUCCCUUAAGACGUCAAGAACAUCCCUAGGUCCAGUUUUCCCUGUGACUGAAACCUGCUCUGAGUCUCCGUUGAACCAGAGUGAAAGUCAUCAACAACAGAAAGUUCCAGAUGCUCUGGAAGGAGAAGUCUGUAUCGCGGAUGCACCUAAAACUUUCUUUGCUAAUAGUAGUUCUGCUCUGAGAAAAGUGAAACCUGACAGAGUUAAACGUAAGCAAAUAAUUCAGACAAAUGUAGACGUCUGCAGCCACGAAGACUCCUCAAAAUCAGACAGUGCUGCAUCCAGUGAAGAGGCAUCUGCUGAUCUGGAAUCUGGGGGUUUGCCUUCAACCCCACUGGUGAAAACUGGAGAUACGGCAAUCAGCCAGUGGUCUCCUCUAAGUCUAUCUGAAAUCUCAUCUUCUGCUGUGGGAAGCAAUAUGACACUGCCAGGGCACACUGACUCUGUGCAACCAACCAGGCCAUCAUCAAAAAUUACUGACUCUGGAUUAACUCAAAAAAAGAGAAAAUUUGUUUACACUAUCACAACCACAAAAUCGCAAGCUUGUGGCCAAGACUUUGAGCUCCAGACAACAGAUCCCUCACUAAAGAUUUCAGAGUCUGAACAAGAAAACGGCAAGUCAUUUGCGAACACCCCAGAUAAAGAACAGUGUCAGAGGACUAAAAAUCAAAGAAAUAUUGCAGAGGAAACCAUAAAUUGCUCUCUUGGAACAAAACUCCAGGAUAUCGACAUGUCACAACUUUGUAGAGAUUUUGCACAGGACUUCAGCCAAAUGACAGACUUAAAAAGUGCAGAGAACAUGCAAAGGAACUUCUCUCCUGCAGUGUGUCUGUCUGCUAUGAAACAAGCAAAACAGAACGGAAAGCCAGCUAACUUUCCCAAUGACUACAGUUAUAUCAGUAAAAACAAACGCAUCCCUACCAGUAAUCAACCAUGCUCCAUCAGUGAAGUCACUAUGAUUGACAGCGGAUUCCAAUCAGGUGUAGCAGACGUCACCCAUAUGACUUCUUCGUCAUUUGGUCUUCCGCUCUUAGAGAACGUUGGCCAAAACCGACCAACCCUGAGCUUCAAAACUGGUAUGCAUAAUUUUCCCUCAACUAAUGGAAGUGGAAAGCCAAAAUUUGAUGUUGAAGUGCCCGUGCAGAGGUCUGGCACAGGUCACGCUCCGGACCAUGGAAAGGAGAUUGAGUUGCACAUGGCGAGCAUGUCAACAGAGGAACUAUGGGACGGGGAAGAAACUGUUGAUCAAAGUAAAUGCAGCCAGCCACAAAAAACUCCUGUUUCUCUUCUGCCUGCUGACACAUCAGGAUUCAAAACCGCCUCAAAUAAAGGCAUCCACAUAUCCCUUGAAAACCUGGAGAAAGCAAAGCGUUUUCUUGAAGCGACUGAAGAUAAAAAGUCUUCUCUCGAUAACAGCACAAAAUCCUAUCAUGGCAUCAUUUAUAAAACUAAUUUGAUUCCUGAAACAACAACAGAUACAUCAUCUAACGCAAACCCGCCUGCCUGUGCCGGAAAGUCAUUUGGAAAUGUCAGUUCUCAAUUAACAGCCUCGGAAAAAGCCGAUGUGACGGAACUUUGCACACUCUUGGAAGAGUCAGACAGCCAAUUUGAGUUCACACAGUUCAGAUUUGCAAAAAAACUACCAAAUCAUCAAGAUAAUCACAAUACGCCACAAAAAGAAGACAAGGAUCUUGACCCUGCUCUUCUUGCAGAUAUAGACUUUGACGACAGCUUUAGUUCCGAAGGUGGAAAGCAGUCCACAGUCAUGAUGAAUGACAAAGUGGCCUCAGUUUUAGAAAACAGGUCACAUGGAGAAACGGCAAAAGCCAUAAAUCAGUGCAUGGGAAUGUCAGAUUUGCUGAAAAGGGAAACUCCGCUCAUUCUUCCUGGGGCUGAGGAUACUGAAGCUAGAUAUCUGGAGAACAACAAGGUUUUGAUCCAUAGUGAGGCAUUUAAGACAGCAGGUGGAAAUGUUUUGCAUGUCUCUAAAAAGUGUCUGAACAAAGCCAAGGCUUUGUUUGCAGAUCUGGAGAGAAACUUGACAGAUCUGAAACCUUCUGAUAAGCAGAACGGGGAAAAUGCUGCCAUAACAGAACAGAAAUGUAACCGGGAUUCUGACACGUUCAGAAAGGACUCGGAAAGAAAGAAGGAAAACUGGGAUGUCGGAAGCAAAGUUGAGAAUUGCUUUUCCAAAUUAGAAGGGGUUGUCUGCUCAAAUAACAAUGUUAGAAAUGGGAACGACACCAAAAGUGUGAAAAAUAAUGGAAUUGACACAAUAAUCUGUGAAAAUGGAUUCAGAAAGGCCAGUGGGAAAGGAAUCUCCAUUUCAGCUAACUACAUGCAAGAGGCAGAUGCAUUUUUCAAAGACUGUCAUGUAAUGGAGCACAAAGAAGGUAAGAAAAGCUUUUCUAACUUCAAAAGCCCUCAGGUCAGCAUUUCUAAGAAGAGUGUCACUGGAUGCACUACACUUGAAAAUAUAAAUACAGCAGUGGUUUCGCAUCACACAAAAGGACUACGUCUGAAUGAAGUGGAAAGAAAUGGCAAGUUUACAGCAGCUUUGAAAAAUGAAGACGGAAAAUCUUUUCCGACUUCAAAGCCGUUUGCUAUGCUUCACCCAUCAAAGAGCACGGAUUCGUCUGCUUUUGAAGAGCUGUGCACAGGUGAUGGGUUUUGUACAGCUGCUGGGAAGAACAUUAGUGUGUCGUCUGCUGCGAUGAAGAAGGCUGAAUCUCUUUUGAAUCAGAUUCACGCACCCGAGGAGAUAAACAAAGAAGCUAAUGAAAAAGAAAAGGCUUCAAAAACAAAAUGCCUUGGUGAUAAGAUUUCGAGCGUAGAUACUGGUGGUUUCCAAGCUGUUAAUGGAAAAAAAUGCGCAAUUUCAUCAGCACCUUUAAAGAAGGCAACUCUGCUAAGAGAAUCUGAAAAAUCAGAGGAUGAAAUUUGUAUUUCCUCUCAGCAAUCAAGUCCCGAGAUACCAGUUAUCCCUGUUACUAAUCACUGGAGUGGUGGUUUUUCUGCAGCCAGUGGUAAGUCUGUUGUCUUGUCCUCUGUGGCUUUGGAGAAGGCUCAGACAGUGUUCAGUGACAUCAGUUUGAACAUGGAUAAGGUGGCCGAAUCUGCUCCAUUUAAAAAGGAUAAGAAACAUCAAACGGAACCUGAAAAAAUAUGUUCCGGUUUCACAACUGCAGGAGGAGCAAACGACCAAAUGUCACAGGAAAAAUUUAAUGAUUUGGUUUUAGCCAAAGCAGUGCAAGAGGAAGAGGCUCUCUCCGCCGACGGCGUUCUGGAAAGCAACAAUGCAAUGUGGGAGAGUGCGGGAAGCAAGAAGGAAAAUGAAACACCUUAUGCAGAUCAAAGGUUUAGAACAAACACACCUGUAGAGGCUGUGAAAGGAUGCUUCAGGGAUACAGAUAAACAAGAGAAACACAAAGAGAACCCUUUACCACAAGCAAGCUGUGGAUUUAAGACAGCCAGUGGGAAAAAAGUUGAAGUUUCAUCUGAAGCUCUGAAGAAAGCAGAAAACGUGUUAGGUGACUGUGUAGGAGUCAUGGAUACAGUGAAUGCAGCACUGCCAGAAUCCAAGGCUAUUGAUCUUCCGGUCAGAAAUGAUGGAUUUCGAUCUGCCAGCGGUAAACCUGUAGCAUUUUCAUUAGAGGCCCUUCAAAAGGCAAAAUCUCUCUUCAGUGACAUCGGUUUCGGAGCAGAGGACCCAGAUGCUACACAAAUGAGGAAAAGUUGCAAGAACCAAGGCGGUAGCAACAAUACAGAGAAAAUGUCUUAUGGUUUCACAACUGCAAGAGGGGAAAAAAUUGAUGUGUUGCAGAAAAAUCUUCAGAAGGCAAAAGUACUUUUCAAAGAACUUGAUGAUCAGGUUUUAAGCAAAGCGGCACAGGAGGAAGAUGCUUUCUUUGCAGGCUGUGAUAUGGACAUUAAUAAGGAAAUGUUGGAAAAUGACUUAAAAGGAAAAGUACAUAUGCAGAGAAGCAGAAAGGCAAGUCUUGCAAAAUGUUACACGGAUGACGAGAAGAGGGUAAGCAUUUCUAUCCCUGAGUGCUCCAGGGAUGCAAACAAACAAGUGGAACAAAGAGAAAACAUUUUACCGCAAGCAAGCCGUGGAUUUCAAACAGCCAGUGGGAAAAGAGUCGAUGUUUCAUCUGAAGCCCGAAAGAAAGCAGAAACCUUGUUUAGCGAGUUUGAAGAAAUUCAGGAUAAAACAAAUGCAAUGUCAUCACAAUCCAAGUCUUCCGCUCUUUCACUCAGAAACUGUGGGUUUUAUUCUGCCAGCGGUAAACCAAUGGCACCUUCCACUGAGGCUGUUCAAAAGGCAAAAUCCCUCUUUGGUGACAUCACUUUCAGUACGGAGGACUCAGAUUUUUCACAGACAGUAAAAGCUGAUGGGAAACAAGACAGUCAAAGCAAAACUGAGAAAAUAUGUUGUGGUUUUACAACCGCAAAGGGAGAAAAAGUUGACGUGUCGCAGAAAAAUCUUCAAAGGGCAAAAUUCCUCUUUAAAGAAGUUGAUGACUUAGAUUUAACAAAAGCAAUGCAAGAUGCAGACCAUUUUUUUAACCAAGAGGAAGGUUGGACUAUGGACAGUAACAGUGAAAAAUCAUCAGAACAAACUAAAACGGCACCCGUUAAUGAAAGUGGCAGCAUAAAGGGAAACAUGUCCGAACUCAGAACAAAUACCAGCAGUAUUUGUGAAGAGCCUGGAAACGGUUCCAUCAAAGCAAAGCAGAAUGAUGGUGGAUUUCAAACGGCAAGUGGGAAAACGGUUGCUGUUUCAGCUGAAGCUCUGUCGAGAGCAAAAUUUCUGCUGAGUGAAAACAAAGCAGAUGAGGAGAGCACUUGUGUUUUUGCUGCAAGUGGUAAACCAUUUUCACAUGAGGCCUUACACAAAGCAAUGACUAGCACUGGAGGGAAGUCAUUACCUUCAGCAGCAGACAGCCAAAGUGACGACCACAUAGAAGAAAAGUCACACUUCUCAAUUUGCGAUUUAAAUACUAAAAGCAGCAACCAGAUAUCUGACAUAAUGCAAAAAAAUAAAACUUCAGACCCAAAAUGUCAGUCGCUAAACCUCGCUGGCUGUACAGAAACACAGCACAAGUUUCUUGCCCAGGAAGCUUUAGAUUGCACAAAAGCCUUAUUAGAAGAUGACGUUCUAGUUGGUCAAAGUCUAUUGAUGACUUCAGAAAAUUUGCAAUUGCUAGAUGACCAACAAUUAAACGAAAAAUCAGCUGAAGAGGACAAAGGGAGGAAAAGGAGAAGUGCAGAAGAUCUCACUGCUCAGCCACCUUCUAAAAGAAGGUUACUGGAAGAAUUUGACAGAACCGCUAAUAAUCCACGAGGUUCAGGACUCCACCCAGUGAAAAGUGGCCCAAAUGGGAUAAUGGACAGGGGUGUUUUCAGGUAUGGCGUCUUUCUUCAUCCAAAUAUUACAAAGCCAAACAGGGAUGCAAAAAGCUUUGUGGACACAAGAUUACAAAGGACAAUACAAAUGCCGCAUUCUGAACAUGGAGAUGGCCAAUCUGCAGCCUGCAGGAUGCCGACAUUUGUCCCACCGUUUUUCAAAAACGCAAAGAGAGAUGCACUCAAUAAACCAGAGGCCAGAGAUCGCAAAAAAGUGCCUGCGUUUGUUCCACCGUUCAAAAAACAAAGGGUUGUCCAGCAAGAUGGCUCCCCUAAACAACAGGAGGACAAUAAGCAGCAUCACUCUUUAUGUUUGGAGACCAACAGCAAAACAGAUGCAGCACUUACUAAAACCACCCAAACCUGUGAAGAAGUUGUCACUUUAGUCAACACUUCAAACACUAAGGCGAUUAAUCAAAAUGUUCCUCUAAAGGUGGGAUCUGUAAGCUCUAUUGAAAUGCUACGUGUGGAUGACAAGCUUUCUGGAAGCCAAGACAGGACUGAGAACAUUGAACUUGCCCGGGACAUGCAGGACAUGAGGAUAAGGAAAAAGAAGCGGCAGACCAUUCGACCGCUGCCUGGAAGCUUAUUUCUGACAAAAAACGCAGGAGUGGCGAGAAUCCCAUUAAAAGCUGCGGUCAAUGGAAAUAUCCCAGCAAGAUACUCAGCCCAAAAGCUGUAUGAAUGUGGAGUCCAUAAGUAUGUUCCAGAGAUCACCGGUGAGAACGCUGAAUCGUUUCGCUUCAAUUUGCUGCAAUUCGUCAAACAAGAAGCGUUAGCCGAAGGAGGUGGUGUUCAACUCGCUGACGGAGGCUGGUUGAUCCCCAGUGAUGACUGGACAGCAGGAAAAGAAGAAUUCUAUAGAGCAUUAUGUGACACUUGUGGCGUGGAUCCCAAACUGAUCAGUGAGCAGUGGGUGUACAAUUACUACAGGUGGAUUGUGUGGAAGCAGGCCUCCAUGGAGAAAUCAUUUCCAGAAACAAUGGGCAGCCUUUGCCUGACCCCGGAGCAGGUUCUCCUCCAGCUUAAGUACAGAUAUGACGUAGAGGUGGACCACAGCCGCAGACCAGCUUUGAGGAAGAUCAUGGAAAGAGAUGAUACGCCAGCCAAAACUCUUGUUCUCUGUGUCUGUGAGAUCAUUUCUAAAGGUCAGCUCCUACAUGCACAGAGCUGCAGCGACACCAAGAUGUCACAAACUGCUGAAACCAAGGUGGAAACUCCAGCUGCGGUCGUGCGGCUUACAGAUGGCUGGUAUGCCAUCAAAGCUCAGCUGGAUGAGCCAUUGACCGCAAUGCUUCACAAAGGUCGGCUUGCUGUUGGUGGCAAAUUGAUAAUCCAUGGAGCGCAACUGAUGGGAUCACAAGAUGGCUGCUCCCCUUUGGAGGCACCGGAUUCCUUAAUGUUGAAGAUAUGUGCCAAUAGCACCAGGCGUGCACGGUGGGAUGCUAAGAUGGGAUUUCACACAGACCCACGACCAUUUCUGCUUCCAAUCUCCUGCCUGUAUAGUAAUGGGGGGCCAGUAGGAUGUGUUGACAUCUUCAUACUGAGAAGCUAUCCCAUGCAGUGGAUGGAGAGGAAAUCGGACGGAGGUGUUGUGUUUAGGUCCGUUCGGGCAGAAGAGAAGGAGGCGAGACAAUUCAACAGCCACAAACAGAAAGCAGUAGAGUUGCUGUUUGCCAAGGUUCAAGCUGAAUUUGAAAAAGAAGAAGAAGGGAGUAUCAAACGUCAGCGCAGAAGGCAAACGGUUGGCAAGCAGGAUAUUGGGAACUUGCAGGAAGGAGAAGACUUGUAUGAAGCAGUUGGAGAUGACCCUGCUUACCUGGAGUCUCAUUUAAGUGAACAACAGCUGGAGACUCUUCAGGCCUACAGGCGCUCACUGAUGGAGAAGAAGCAGGCUGAGCUACAGGACAGAUAUCGGCGUGCUCUGGAUGCAGAGGACAAUGAAAUGAGUUGUCCGAAAAGAGACGUAACACCUGUAUGGAGACUUUGCAUCGCUGACUCAAUGACUCAGUCCAGCUGCGUUUAUCAGUUAAACCUUUGGCGGCCUUCUUCAGACCUCCAGUCUUUGCUGAAGGAAGGUCGUCGAUUCAAAGUGUAUAACCUUGUUGCCUCUGAUGGAAAGAAACGUAGCAGCGUUGAAACUGUUCAGCUGACCGGGACAAAGAAGACACAGUUCCAGGAACUUCAGGCGUCCCAAGAAUGGGUGUUCUCGCAUUUUCGGCAAAGAAUCUCCACAGACUUUGUCGAUCUUCAGAAUGAGGAAUUCAAGCCUCUGUGUGGAGAAGUUGAUCUCACAGGUUUAGUCGUCAGUGUUGUCGAUCAACAGGGUUCCUCUCCUGCAUUUUAUUUGGUUGAUGGGAAAAAGAAUUUUGUGAAAGUGCGCUGCUUCAACAGCUUGUCUCAGGCCGGCCUUGAAGACAUAGUGAAACCACGUGUCCUUUUGGCACUGAGCAACCUGCAGCUCAGAGGCCAGUCUAUACACCCCACUCCGGUUCUGUAUGCUGGGGAUCUGACUGCCUUCUCUACAAACCCGAAGGAGAUUCAUCUACAGGAAUCCCUCGACCAACUCAAAAACGUGGUACAGGGUCAGGACAACUUCUUUUUGACUGCUGAGGAAAAGCUCGCCCAUUUAAUCAAAUCUGAUGGAUCCUGCUCUUCAUCCUUGCAACCUCAAACGCCAGUCGCUGCAAGAAGACAAGACUCGAAGACAAAUGUGGCCUUUCUGAAACCAAUCAAAAGCCUCGGAUCGUUUACACCUGUCAGCAGUAACCUUCCUGCUGCAACAUCUUCAACAGAAAAAGACCCCAAAAGUUUGAAAAGAAAAAGAGCUUUGGAUUAUCUUUCUCGCAUCCCGUCGCCACCACCCAUCUCCUCCCUGAGCUCAGUGGUGUCUCCUUGUGUAAAUAAAACAUUCAACCCUCCUCGAAGGUCUGGGCCUCCUAGCACUUUAAAGCCUGUACAGCCUGCUGCACCAAAAGCAACUGAUUCUGUGGUGGAGGAUGAAUGGGUGAACGAUGAGGAACUGGCUAUGAUUGAUACUCAGGCGUUGCAUGUUGGCAAUUUAUUUUAGGAUUUUAUAUAUAUAUAUAUAUACACAACAAAACUGUACAAAGAAAUAAACGUAAAAACUUAAAGUUGCUUUAAAUCUCGUGGUUGAAUUUGUCAUGUCCUUAAAACAUAUUAAAGUAGUGAAAUUGCUCUUCACAUUAAAAGUCAUCGCUUCUGCA